CUGCUGCGCGGCUCUUACUUUAUACUGCGGGCGAUGUACAAAAUUUCGCGGAUACGGCAAUAUUAUAAAGGAUUCCAGCCGUGCAUAAGCGACGCGUCCGAUAUGCGCUUUGUGCAGGCACUGUUAGACACACCACACACGUGAUCCCGAAUAUAUCGAAGUCGAAAAAGAUAAUUACGAGUAAUGAACGGAUAAUGAAGAAUAAUCGAUUGCGUAAAUAAUUACGGUAGACUAAUGUAAUCAUUUGAGAUUAUUUCAUUCAUUCGUUUCUUAGAAAUGGUAGGACCGGAAAGUCACUUUCCUUUCAUCCAACUUCCAAGUAUUGGUACAUUAGACACUGAUACGUUAUAACACUUACAUUAUCUCCUGCAAUCUAGACCUUUUAUACUGCUGUCAUCUGCACUUUUACAUAACGAUAACGAUUAGUUCACCGUUGAAAGUAAUUACCCUCUGGCUGUUAAGAUAUCAUCGUUUUAUCAUUUAUAUUUGAGUAAUUUUUUAUAAUUAGUUUUUACGAUUUCAUUCAAUAUCUCGAUCAUUCUUACAUCUUUAACGAGAACAGAUUAUAUACACUUACUGAAUCGAAACAAUUGUUUCCAGCUCCCCUCCCCACCUCAAUGGAUAAAACGCUCUGCGGCGGUUGGUGACAAAAUCGAAAUUUUAAUUGUUCGCUCGCGGCGGCGGCACGACGAAACGCCGUGUUGUGUCUUAAAAAAGAGCGGAACACGCACGUGCGAUUUGAAUUGCGAAGUCUUAUAAAUAACGCGCAGAUAAGCAGUUUACAGUUGCAGCUCGUGAUGCACGUGUGGGACGUGCGGGACUUCCUCGAUAUCGAGUGACGGAAUUGCUCGACUCUUGAUUGAGUUAUUUUUUUUUUUUUUUUUAACAGCGAACCCGAGGCUGCUUUCGAUUGAAUAUACCAUCGGCUCAAGCUCCCGGUCGAAAUUUAGCGGACAAGGUCGCGAUUAUGCGCACCGAUUGGCAAUCAUUGAACAAUUAUCCGAAAUAAUUUCAAAACUACCGCUCGCGCAUGCUUUAGCGAGUUGAUACACACAGCACAGGACCGCAUCAGCUGGCUGCAGCGGCAGUCAUAUAUUUUACCGCUGCGGAGGCGAUCGCGCUUUAUUACACACGCUGCGUACACACACACAUACACAUACAGAAUUGACAACCCGCAGCAGUGACAGAUCUUCCUCAUCCUGAUCGCGAUGUCCGUCGUGCAGCAGGAAACGUCGGCCUACUACGAUUUGGGCCAAAUCGAAGAAUCCACGUUCGAGAAAUUGCUCGAUGAUAUACAGAUUUCCGACGAGGAUGUCAGCUGCCAGAAAAUAUUGACAGUACAAUCCAUACAGAAAUGGCAAACUGCAUUGAAGCAAGAAGGGUGCUCCAGUAAGAUCAUAAAUCAUGUAUUAGAAAGUUUUCAACAUCAUACAAUUUCAGACUUUGCGGAAUUUUUCAAAAAUUAUUAUAAUUCAUAUGGAAAGUUGAUUCCGAAAGCUCUAAAGGACUAUCUACGAAUUGAUGAUGAUUAUAAAAUGCAGCCUUAUAAAUCUAAAUUGUUUCCUAAAAUUGAGAAGUCUCUAAAGAUAUACAUUGUCAGUUUGUUAAAGGCAUCAGCUUGUGGAUUAACAAACCAAGUCAAAAGUACACACUUUUUACACCACUUAUGCGACAUGUUACCAUUUAUUCGGAGCUUUUCUCGAUUACAUAAACCACUUUUAUGUAUUGUUUUGGCACAUUGGUCUCUCGAUUGUAAGACUAAAACAGUCAUGGCAGCUAGUAUGUGCCUUAUUUCUGUGGUAGCGGAUCAAAAAUUUAACAUAUGUCCAGAAUCUUUGUUUAAGGAUAUGUUGAUGGAAUAUGUGAAAUUAAGAAUACUCAUUUUUCAACAAAACUCUGAACAAGAAAUUGAAAAAUUUCUUAAUAAAUUGAGUUGUAUGCAAUUAUUUUUAGUGAAAUUUUAUCUGCUUCAAAAUGAUACUUCUUACAAAAUAGCUUUUACAUAUCUUCGACAAAUGGGAUAUAUGAUUGAACAAGCUGAUGCAGAUCAGUCCACGAAGUACUGCCAAGAUAUUUAUAACUGGGAAUUCAUUAGUAUGCUGCAAAUUUUGUCUGAAGUAGUUUCAAUGUCAGAAGAACCAUCAACUUUACGUGAACUACUACAUCCUGUCGCACAAAUGAUAAUAGCAGUGAUAAAGCUCAAACCUAGUCAAAAAUUUUAUCCUUUGAGAUUUCAUUGCAUUCGAAUGCUGAUAAAAAUGUGUGAAAAUGCUGGGGUAUAUCUUCCAGUUUUACCUCUACUUACGGAGGUACUAGAAAAAUUCGAUUUCAACAGAAGAGUAAAAAAUCCUCGAUGGUCUCCUCUAUCGCCAUGGUUGCUUUUAAAUAUAUUGCAAGCUCCCUCGGAUGUCGAUCAAAAUGCCUACAGUGACUCUGUGAUUAAUUUUGUUUACGAAUUAAUCCUGGAAUUCACAGCAUCACAAAGUCAUUGCUGUUACUUUCCGGAUAUGGUCCUUCACGUUCUUUGCAAGCUGAAGGUUUUUCAAUUAAAAUGCGAAGUUUCCAUUUAUAACGAAAAAAUUAAACAGCUAAGUGAAAAGAUUGAAGAAAAUUGCCGGUUCAUUGUACAGAAAAGAACUAACGUUACUCUCAGUCUAACGGACAUGCAUGAAAUACAGUCAUGGGAAUCAGUGACUAAAAGAACAAAUACACCAUUGGCUAAAUUUUUACUACAGCGAGUAAAAUCGAAAAAGAAUUAUUUGCCAGUAAAUACAACAAAAAUUCUUGAUCGUUUUGAGAGUUAGUUGUUAAAAUUAUAUAAAUUUAAUGGUGAUUAUUAGUUGUUAAAGUAAUUUUUGAUUACUCAAGUAUGAUUAUUCAAAUUACAUGUAAAUUUGUCAAAUAUUUUUUAUAUAGUUAAUAUAUAAACUAAUUUUUUAUGAUUGUUAUCUCAGUAAACUAUUUUAUACUUACACGUAUAUAGCCAAUGAAAAAUAAAAAUAACUAAUAUUUUAUUACUUUUCAAAUAUCAUAACAUGCAGUAUUUGAAAUUGUAGAAAAUAAGCUCUUAAAAUUUUUUCUAUAUUUUGUAUUUAAUGCUAAAUGGAGUUUUGAAAUGAUACGAAAAAUCAGUAAAUUAAAAAUUAAACAGGCUUAAUAAAACCACAAUAUCAAUUUUUACCACAAAGGUUUUUUUUUCUAUCAGAGU